GCCAGCUGUUAGCGUCUGCCGGGUCAAGCCACAAACAGAUAGAAAGGUUAUAUCGACGAUCAGGUAUAACAUCAUAUAACACAAAUGCCAAGCGUUAAGGAUGAUUCAGAAGGUGAAGGGGAAGAGAUGUCCCAUGACAGUAACGAAAGUAACCAGAGUUCUGGCUCAUGUGAUAGUAGCCCAGAACACACUGACAGCGAUGACUCGUCAGAAAUGGACGAAGACGAAUGUGAGAGAAGGCGCAAUGAAUGUAUGGACAAUUUGCUUGACUUGGAAAGACAAUUUACUCUACUCAAGGAACAAUUAUAUCGAGAAAGAAUUACACAAGUGGAUACAAAGCUCGGUGAAGUUCGUGUUGGAAAAUCUGAGGAAUAUCUAAUACCACUGGAGCGACUGAAGGAAAACAUGAAAACGAAAACAGAAGUGGCUGGAAUAUUAAAGCAAUACAGAUUACAAAACAUCCAGAAUAAAUUCCUAGCAGAAGAGUUGGCCGCUUUUCAAAAUUUUGAAAGUGAGAAAGUCUUAGUCUGGGAUUGCAUUCAUAACGAUCUACAAGAAAAAAUUCGUCGUCUAGAGGAAGAUAGGAAUAACGUAGACAUACAUGCGGAUUUGUGGCUUAAUACAACCGGUAGAAGACGUAGGAACCAUACGGAGAGAAGACGAGCAGUUUCCGUCGCAGGUCCUUAUAUCGUUUACAUGCUCAACGACGCGGAUAUAUUGGAAGAUUGGGCAUUAAUAAAGAAAAGUCUAGGUAGCCGAAAAGCAGAAAUAAUGUAAACUAUGCUUUGAAUACGUUGAAGAACUGUUGAAAAUAGUUUCUUUACAUUACGCGCUCAUCUUUGAUAUGAACAGGAAUUUCGUCCAACCGGAAAUGUUCUAAAAUUAGAUCAACAACUGACAUCCGUUGAGUAUCUGAUAUCUGUACUGUGUGCCUUGAUAAAAAGUAAGAGUAAUUAUUUACUAACCUAAAUAAUUAUCGAAUUAAAAUAUCAUAUUCGCCGAGUCGUACUUCUGUGGUACACUAGUGCAGGAAAAUUAUUUACAUUUGUGUUAUCGGAAGAAACAAACUCAUAAUUUUGAAAAAAAAACAAGUAUUGUCUACAUUAGUUUCAAUUAAUACGAAAAU